AUGAGAGUACUCUCCGCACAGGCACUAGCUGCAUUACAAGAAUUUCAAGAUGAAGAGAAGAUUCGACUAGAGAAGUUUGCCAGUAUGUACAAAAGUGCAGAGGACAACUUUUCUGAGAGAAAUAAAGAUAAAAAAGCGGCUGACCCGAUUGUCAGUCCUGGAGAUAAUGGCUGCUCUACUGGCCUCACCAUUGAUGAUUUUAAAGAGGAUUGGCAACUUUCACAAUUUUGGUAUUCAGACAAAACAGCCAAUAUUUUGGCGGACGCUUUACUUGAUGGAGCAGAUGAAGAUACUGUAAUCUGUAUAGUGAGUGCACCAUCAGUAUAUGCUAUAAUCAGAGCUCGAGACCCAAAGACCCUUCCUACGCACAAUAUUUACCUCUUUGAGUUCGACAGACGAUUUGAAUUGCUGGCAGGAAAAGAUCAUUUUGGAUUCUACGAUUACAAAGAGCCACUUCAAUUCAGGGACGAUUUGAAAGGUAAGGUGAACCGACUUUUAAUCGACCCACCAUUUCUUGAACCUGAGUGCCAACAGAAAUCGUCCGAGACGGCGUUUGCCCUAUUGAGCAAGGACAAGACAGGAAAGACCGAAACAGGAGACAUCAAAUACAAGUUGAUCUCUUGUACUGGAGAAAGAAUGAAGGAUAAUGUAAAGAAAAACUAUCCAGAAACUCAUAUAACUUCAUUUUACCCAGAACAUAAGAACGGACUUAGCAACGAGUUCAGAUGCUUUGCUUCAUUCGAAUGUAAGCAGUGGAAAUUUGAGAACUAA